UAAGAACUCGGGGUGUUCAUUAUAAGUCCCAGAAUAGAGCCGGUGGAGGCUUUGAACAGAAGCAGAAAGGCGGCUCCGCCUUGCCAUUUGCCUCCACGGAAGGUUGGCGAAAUACCACAGCUCCUGAUCUAGGGUUACGGUUUUCUUCCAACCCUCCAUCUCUUAGGAUUUCCGAUCUUCUUCUUAAAAAAAAAAACUUAGAAAUGCCUGAGUUUACGGUUUCAUCUUCUUGAUUUAGCUCGGUUUUGGGUUGAGAUCGAUCACUAUGGCAUGGUUUAGGGCAGCAUCGGGCGUAGCUAGAUUAGCCAUUAGGAAAAAUCUAGCGCAGGCACCGCAUCACAUUGCAAGAACCAGAACCAGCGCUCUCCCCCAUCCGCCCACCCGGGGCUUCCACUCCUCGGUCCUCAGAUCCAAGCCCGAAUCGGCCGCCCCGAUCCCUCGCGCCGUACCCUUGUCCAGGCUCACCGACAGCUUCCUCGAUGGUACGAGCAGCGUCUAUUUGGAAGAGCUGCAGAGGGCCUGGGAAGCCGAUCCCAACAGCGUCGAUGAGUCCUGGGACAACUUCUUUAGGAACUUCGUCGGCCAAGCUGCCACCUCUCCGGGCAUCUCCGGCCAGACCAUCCAGGAGAGUAUGAGAUUGCUGCUCCUCGUCAGGGCCUACCAAGUCAGUGGCCACUUGAAAGCCAAGUUGGAUCCUUUAGGUUUAGAGGAGCGUAAGAUUCCGGACGAUCUGGACCUUGGUUUCCAUGGAUUCACCGAGGCAGAUUUAGAUAGGGAAUUCUUCCUGGGCGUGUGGAGGAUGGCUGGUUUCUUGUCCGAGAACCGCCCUGUUCAGACUCUUCGGGAGAUCUUGAACAGGCUUGAGAAGGCUUAUUGUGGGUCCGUUGGGUACGAGUACAUGCAUAUUGCUGAUAGAGAGAAGUGCAACUGGUUGAGGGACAAGAUCGAGACAGUGAAACCCAGAGAAUACAACCGGGAGCGCCGUGAGGUCAUCCUCGAUAGGCUUAUUUGGAGCACACAGUUCGAGAAUUUCUUGGCUACCAAGUGGACUGCUGCGAAGAGAUUUGGUCUUGAAGGUGGAGAGACACUGAUUCCAGGCAUGAAGGAGAUGUUUGAUAGAGCAGCUGACCUGGGGGUGGAGAGCAUUGUUAUUGGAAUGUCACAUAGAGGAAGGCUGAAUGUUUUGGGCAAUGUCGUCCGGAAGCCAUUGCGGCAGAUUUUUAGUGAAUUCAGUGGUGGUACAAAGCCUGUGGAUGGGGAGAAUGGGUUGUACACGGGAACUGGUGAUGUAAAAUACCAUUUGGGUACUUCUUAUGAUAGGCCUACUAGAGGAGGGAAGAGAAUUCAUCUAUCUUUGGUUGCGAAUCCAAGCCAUUUGGAAGCUGUGGAUCCUGUUGUGAUUGGAAAGACACGAGCAAAGCAAUUCUAUUCUAAUGAUACUGAAAGAACAAAGAGUUUGGGAGUGUUGAUUCAUGGUGAUGGAAGCUUUGCGGGGCAGGGUGUGGUUUAUGAGACUCUACACCUGAGUGCCCUGCCCAACCAUACAACAGGCGGAACUAUUCACAUUGUUGUUAACAAUCAGGUUGCAUUCACCACUGAUCCGACGUCUGGGAGGUCUUCGCAAUACUGUACAGAUGUUGCGAAAGCUUUGAAUGCUCCAAUCUUUCAUGUAAAUGGAGAUGACAUGGAAGCAGUGGUCCAUGUUUGUGAACUCGCGGCAGAGUGGCGCCAGACAUUCCACUCUGAUGUGGUGGUUGACAUAGUCUGCUAUCGACGUUUUGGGCACAAUGAGAUUGAUGAACCCUCUUUCACACAGCCUAAAAUGUAUCAGGUAAUUCGAAAUCAUCCAAGCGCACUUGAAAUUUACCAAAACAAACUUUUAGAAUCAGAGCAGGUCUCUAAAGAAGAUAUUGAAAGGAUUCACAACAAAGUCAAUUCCAUCUUGAAUGAAGAGUUCAUUAACAGCAAAGACUAUGUUCCCAGAAGGAGGGACUGGCUUUCGGCAUACUGGACUGGGUUUAAGUCACCUGAACAGAUUUCACGUAUUCGCAACACUGGAGUCAAACCUGAGAUUCUGAAACGUGUUGGCAGAGCCAUAACAACUCUUCCUGAAAAUUUUAAGCCUCACCGAGCAGUCAAGAAGAUUUUUGAGCAACGUGCUCAGAUGAUUGAAGCUGGGGAGGGCAUAGACUGGGCACUUGGGGAGGCACUUGCUUUUGCCACUCUUAUAGCGGAAGGAAACCAUGUAAGGUUGAGUGGCCAAGAUGUUGAAAGAGGUACUUUCAGUCAUCGCCACUCAGUCAUUCAUGACCAAAACACAGGAGAGAAAUACUGCCCUCUGGACCAUAUUCUCAUGAAUCAAAAUGAGGAGUUGUUUACUGUUAGCAACAGUUCCCUUUCAGAAUUUGCUGUCCUUGGAUUUGAAUUGGGCUACUGCAUGGAAAAUCCUAAUUCACUAGUGCUUUGGGAAGCUCAGUUUGGCGAUUUUGCAAAUGGUGCCCAAGUAAUGUUUGAUCAGUUUUUGAGCAGUGGGGAAUCUAAGUGGCUUCGCCAAACUGGGCUUGUUGUUUUACUUCCCCACGGUUAUGAUGGUCAAGGCCCAGAACAUUCAAGUGCACGGCUGGAGCGUUUCCUUCAGAUGAGUGAUGAUAACCCUUACAUUAUACCAGAGAUGGAACCAACACUUCGGAAACAGAUCCAAGAGUGCAAUUGGCAGGUUGUAAAUGUUACAACACCUGCAAAUUAUUUCCAUGUUCUGCGCCGACAGAUACAUAGGGAAUUCCGCAAGCCCCUAAUUGUAAUGGCUCCCAAGAACCUGCUUCGGCACAAGGACUGUAAAUCGCAUCUAUCUGAAUUUGAUGAUCUUGAAGGCCACCCGGGAUUUGGUAAGCAAGGAACACGCUUCAAGCGGCUUAUAAAAGACCAAAAUGAUCACAAAGAGGUUGAGGAGGGUAUCAGUCGACUAAUAUUGUGCUCUGGAAAGGUGUACUAUGAACUUGAUGAGGAACGGAAGAAAAAGGACUGCAAGGAUGUGGCCAUCUGUAGAAUUGAACAGCUUUGUCCAUUCCCCUAUGACCUCAUGCAAAGGGAGCUCAAGCGAUAUCCAAAUGCUGAGAUUGUCUGGUGCCAGGAAGAGCCGAUGAACAUGGGGGCAUAUAAUUAUAUUGCCCCUCGCUUAUGUACUGCCAUGAGGGUGCUUGGGAGAGGGACUUUUGAUGACAUCAAAUAUGUUGGAAGAGCACCUUCUGCUGCUACAGCUACCGGUUUCAUGUCUGUACAUAUGCAAGAGCAGACUGAGCUGGUACAGAAGGCAAUGCAGCAAGGGCCAAUCAAUUAUCCUUAUUGAAGCCUUGUAUGACAAUAUUAUAUGUUUUUGAACAAAUAAGUAUGUGGUGGUUGCCUGGCUUUUAUGAUUUUUUUUUUUCAGGCACCGAGAUGUUGCUUCUCUUGAAAUUUUGACCACCAUAAACAUCGUACUCAAUGUUGCAGAGUUUCUAUUUUCAUUCGAUUUUCAUGGCUGUGCUCAGAAGUAUUGCUGAUUUGACUGCUACAACUCUUGAUUGUGUGAAUAAUAUCGAACAAUUCACUUCUCUA